CGGCGGAGCGCAGCGCAGCGCGGGGGGCGAGGCCGGCGCGUGGCUCGCUCGCUGGCUCGCUGGCUCGCGGGAGGCCGGGCAGCAGCAGGGGCAUGUGGAUACUGGCUCUCUCCUUGUUCCAGAGCUUCGCGAAUGUUUUCAGUGAAGAGCCCCACUCCAGCCUCUACUUUGUCAAUGCAUCGCUGCAAGAGGUAGUGUUUGCAAGCACGUCGGGGACGCUGGUGCCCUGCCCGGCUGCAGGCAUCCCUCCUGUGACUCUCAGAUGGUACCUAGCGACGGGCGAGGAGAUCUACGAUGUCCCCGGGAUCCGCCACGUCCAUCCCAACGGCACUCUCCAGAUUUUCCCCUUCCCUCCUUCAAGCUUCAGCACCUUAAUCCAUGACAAUACUUACUAUUGCACAGCUGAAAACCCUUCAGGGAAAAUUAGAAGUCAGGAUGUCCACAUCAAGGCUGUUUUACGGGAGCCCUAUACAGUCCGUGUGGAGGACCAGAAAACCAUGAGAGGCAAUGUCGCGGUGUUCAAGUGCAUUAUCCCCUCCUCGGUGGAGGCGUACGUCACUGUCGUCUCAUGGGAGAAAGACACGGUUUCACUUGUCUCAGGAUCUAGAUUUCUCAUCACAUCCACGGGAGCCUUGUAUAUUAAAGAUGUACAGAACGAGGAUGGACUGUACAACUACCGCUGCAUCACGCGGCACAGAUACACGGGGGAGACGAGACAAAGUAACAGCGCUAGACUGUUCGUAUCAGACCCAGCGAACUCAGCCCCAUCCAUCCUGGAUGGGUUUGACCACCGCAAAGCCAUGGCGGGGCAGCGUGUGGAGCUGCCUUGCAAAGCGCUUGGGCACCCCGAGCCAGACUACCGCUGGCUGAAGGACAACAUGCCCCUGGAACUUUCUGGGAGGUUCCAGAAGACAGUGACGGGGCUGCUUAUUGAGAACAGCCGCCCCUCAGACUCAGGCAGCUACGUGUGCGAAGUAUCCAACCGAUACGGCACUGCCAAGGUGAUAGGCCGCCUGCACGUGAAACAGCCACUGAAAGCAACCAUCAGUCCCAGGAAGGUUAAAAGCAGCGUGGGCAGCCAGGUCUCCUUGUCCUGCAGCGUGACAGGAAACGAGGACCAGGAACUCUCCUGGUAUCGAAAUGGUGAAAUCCUCAAUCCUGGGAAAAAUGUGAGGAUCACAGGACUGAACCACGCAAACCUUAUCAUGGAUCACAUGGUCAAGAGUGACGGGGGCGCCUACCAGUGCUUUGUGCGCAACGAUAAGCUGUCUGCUCAAGACUAUGUCCAGGUGGUCCUUGAAGAUGGAACUCCCAAAAUCAUUUCUGCCUUUAGCGAGAAAGUGGUGAGCCCUGCAGAACCGGUGUCCCUCGUGUGCAAUGUGAAGGGGACACCCUUGCCCACGGUCACCUGGACCCUGGACGAUGACCCCAUCCUCAAGGGCAGUGGCCACCGCAUCAGCCAAAUGAUCACAUCUGAGGGGAACGUGGUCAGCUACCUGAACAUCUCCAGCUCCCAGGUCCGGGACGGGGGUGUCUACCGCUGCACCGCCAACAACUCGGCCGGAGUCGUCCUGUACCAGGCUCGAAUAAACGUAAGAGGCCCUGCAAGCAUCAGACCGAUGAAAAACAUCACUGCAAUAGCCGGGCGGGACACAUACAUUCACUGCCGUGUGAUUGGCUAUCCAUAUUACUCCAUCAAGUGGUACAAGAACGCUAAUCUGCUUCCUUUCAACCACCGCCAGGUGGCCUUUGAAAACAAUGGGACUCUGAAACUCUCAGAUGUACAGAAAGAAGUUGACGAGGGGGAAUAUACCUGUAACGUGCUGGUACAGCCACAACUCUCCACGAGCCAGAGUGUCCACGUGACAGUGAAAGUUCCACCUUUCAUUCAACCUUUUGAGUUCCCAAGAUUCUCCAUUGGGCAGAGGGUCUUCAUCCCAUGUGUGGUGGUCUCAGGGGACUUACCCAUCACCAUCACCUGGCAGAAGGAUGGCCGGCCGAUCCCGGCAAGCCUCGGGGUGACCAUUGACAACAUUGACUUCACCAGCUCCCUGAGGAUCUCCAACCUCUCCCUGAUGCACAAUGGGAAUUACACCUGCAUCGCCCGGAAUGAGGCCGCAGCAGUAGAACACCAGAGUCAGCUGAUUGUAAGAGUUCCUCCCAAGUUUGUGGUGCAGCCCCGGGACCAGGAUGGGAUCUACGGCAAAGCAGUGAUCCUCAAUUGCUCUGCAGAGGGUUAUCCUGUGCCUACAAUUGUGUGGAAAUUCUCAAAAGGUGCUGGGGUCCCCCAGUUCCAGCCAAUUGCCUUGAAUGGCAGAAUCCAGGUCCUGAGUAAUGGCUCACUCUUGAUCAAGCAUGUUGUGGAAGAAGACAGUGGCUACUACCUCUGCAAGGUCAGCAACGAUGUGGGCGCAGACGUCAGCAAGUCCAUGUACCUCACUGUGAAAAGUAAGGAGGAAGAAUGCUUUGUUUUACCUACAUAGGUUUUUGGGGGCUGAGUUUUUCAGUUGGUUCAAUGCAUACUUGUCUCAGAGCAAAACAAAACAGGUUUAUCUGUAGCUGAUGUUUCCAGUUUUCAGCACUGGAAAUACUUUUGAAAAGAAUGAAAAAUGCCAGUGAAUUGUCAGCAGCCACCAGGGGCUCCCCACACCCUGGGUGUAGAAGAGCAUUUUUGUCAGGAGUUGGUUCUCUAGGUCAUUGACUUCAGGCUCUGGCACUCUGUUUGAUUGGUGGGCCUUAGUACCCACUCUUUCAAGCACUAAUCUUACUGUGGAAGAGUCCAGCACGUGACCUUGCAGAUACUCUUAUGGAAGCCUGUUUCCUGUGUUUCACUGAAACCGGCUCCGCCACAGAUUCCCUUUAUGAAGUAGUCGUUGGGAAAGGCGCUUGCUGCCAAGACUAACAACUUGAGUCCAGUCCCCAGA